GGCAAAGCUAAUAAUCGGAAAUGCCGAGAUACUGAAUCUGAGUGAGUCAGUGCUGUGUUGUGUAUGGCCAUAAGGUUUGUUAAUGAGAGAACAAAGUCACGCGUUAAUUAUUUAACUGAAAGUGGAGAAUCAGCGUGGUGACAAAAAUUGUGAAGACACAGCAUUAUGGCUGGCGCUCUCCUCACACGAGAAGUGAUCUGCUCUGUGACGGCUGCUGUGCUAGGCUCGCGGUGCCAUCGGAUGAUUACAUUCUCCAGGAUAUCUCAGACACCAGCAGUGUUCAGCCACGUACCUAUAGGCAAGAUAGCACCAAGAGAAGAUGAGCGGAUCCAAGCAGUGAGAAAUACGUCCACAAUCCAGGCAGAAAACCACAACCAAACAGAACUAUCCGAAGACAUAGUGGAAGUUGUGUUUGUGGAUAGAUCUGGAAGUCGUAUUCCAGUGAAAGGUAAAAUAGGAGAGAGUGUCCUGGAACUGGCUCAUAGGCAUAGCAUUGAGCUGGAAGGUGCCUGUGAAUCGUCUCUAGCUUGUUCAACGUGCCAUGUGUAUGUUAGCCCCGAGUUUUUCAGUAAACUUCCAGAGCCUGAUGAAAGGGAAGAUGAUAUGUUGGACAUGGCACCGAUGCUUCAGGAAAACUCGAGGCUUGGAUGCCAAAUAAUUCUCACUAAAGAACUAAAUGGUGCAGAGUUUACACUUCCUAAAAUAACAAGGAAUUUUUACGUGGAUGGACAUGUGCCAAAACCCCACUGAGAAUCGCUUCCUAAGAAUCUGUUGCACUUUUAAAUGGUUAAAAAAUCGCAGCACUGAGCAAGGUGUAAAGGUCAAAACUGCUGAGCAGAAAGGAUGGAAACGCACAAAUGAAUGGGACAGCAUUCAGCCGUUUAAAUUGGUGCUGGGGGUGUUUAGCCAUAACAGACACGUUCUGAGAUCUUUAUCUGCUAUAAGUUAGUCUCUGCUACCAGUAGUUGUGGCAACACAAGUGUUAAGGCAGAUGCCUUGUAUAGGAGCACUAAUAAAUACGCACAGUGGAGUUUUGUUUAACAAAACUCCAGAAUCGUGUUAUCUGGAACUCGAAAGGGCAACAGCUCUUAACGUAAUCCUUAAAUAACAAGCACUUUACCUGUUGAUCAGAUCCUAAAACUAAUGUAAGAAUUAGAGGAGAGUUUAAAAGCAAAAUGUUUGUGCACAGUUCAUAAAAACAGGCCUGUUACUUAGAACUCAAAGCCUUACUAAAUUUUCCUUUUAUGUAUUCACGCAAUUUAAAGGGACAGUCUUCUUGAUUUUUUUUUUAUUGUUUAAAAAGAUGGUUCAUGUGUGCCAUAUAGAUAACAUUGUACUCACUCCUGUGGAGACAAGAACCAGCACUGAUUGGAUAAAAUGUAAGAUUGUAAAAAGCACUGAGAUAAGAGGCAGUCUGCAGAUGCUUAGAUACAGGUAAUUAUAGAGGUAAAAAGUAUAUUAAUAUAACUGUUGGUUAUGCAAAAACUGGGGACUGGGUAAUAAAGGGAUUACCUGUUUUAUUUUUAAACCAUAACAAUUUUCAAGUAGACUGUCCCUUUAAACUAUUAGGUAAACUUUGGCAUUUGUUAUAAAACAAUUGGGCUAUUUUUUACCGCUACACUGAGAUUUAGAAACAAACUGCUUCUGUCAUUGUCCUCAAUAUCGCACCUUUACCACUUCCCUGGAGUAUAUGGAGGCAGUGAUUGGUUUAUGCCAGUUGUACGCAGUGCACCAAUCACAGUUUGUAUGCUCCAGGAUAAAGGAUAUUUUCAGAAACAGGAUUUAUGGGUAUUAAUCAUAUUGGGCCUUGCCAUACUUGAUAUCAUAGUAAGGAGUCCGAAAAGGGGAGGUUCUUUUUAAGGUAAUGGUAUAGGCAUAAAUAUGUUAGAUUAAAAAUAAAAUUGGUAAAAGAUGAUAACAUUUUAAACAAUAAAACAACAAAACUAAUGUUGAGACGUUACUUUGAAGAAAACAUGCACUAAGUUAUUCUGGCUUUUGACUUCAGGACAUGAGGAAUAAAAAGUUUUCUAUUAAAUCCAUAGAAUGUUUUCUUUUACUGAAAACCUAACCUUUUUUUGUCUUAUAUUGAAGUUUGUUAGCCUUAAAGGGACAGUAAAGCUUACACUCUUACAUACUAUGCAGAAACACACAAUUUACAGGUGGAACCCAUUUAAUAAGUUAAAGAGACAGUAAAGUCAAAAUUAAAUUUUCAUGAAUUAGCUAGAGCGUUCAAUUUUUAAAAAAGCUUUCCAAAAUAAAGCACAUUUGAUAAUAGAAGUAAAAUUGCAUGUUCUAUCUGAAUCAUGAAAGUUUUAUUAUUUUGAUUUUAAGGGUCAUUUAAAUAAACCAAUGAACAUGAUGCCAAAAAUCGUAACUUACCAAAAAAAGCCUGCAGACACUGAAUUUACUGUGCGUCACUAAGAAUGUACAGUCUGUGAUAGUUUUUCUUUUGUGUUUGUAUUUAUAAUUUGAAAAUAGUUUUUUGUUGGUUUCUAUGGUGGUUUUUUUUAUGUUAAAGGGAUAGUUUAGUCGAAAUUAAAAUUUCCAGAUUCAAGUAGAGCAUCUAAAUGUAGCCACCAAUCAGCAAGCGUGCUACCAAGGUGCUAAACCAAAAAUGGACUAGCUCCUAAGCUUACAUUCUUGCUUUUCCAAAUAAAAAUACCAAGAGAACAAAGAAAAAUUGAUUUAUAGGAGUAAAUUAGAAAGUUGCUUAAAAUUACUGCUCUAUCAGAAUCAUGAAAGUUUAAUUUUGAAUAGCCUGUCCCUUUAAUUCUGUAGCAGGUUUUGUCUGAAUAAUACAUUAUUCAACUUCCCCCAGAUUCAUUUUUUUUUUUUUUUAUACAGCUUGUUACAUUGUUUGGUUGGCAGUUUCUCGUUCCAUUCAUCACUCUAGUAGAUGCACAUCUGCGUUUACAGUUUAUUUAUAUUUUAAAGAUGAGAUUUUUUUGUUAACUGGACUUCUUAUUUAAAAGGUCACAAUCAUUUUAUGUUGCAUCUAAAAGGGGAUUGUAAAUUGUAUUAACUUUUUUGUUUUAAUGGUAGUUGUACAGAGGGAAAAAAACUUCUUUGUUUAUUGCUUUUGAGAUGCAUAACUGUAAACCAAUGAAGCAGCAGGAAAUGGUCUUAUUAGUUUAUGAGCAAUCUGACCUCAAGGCCUUUUCACGCCCUUAAAGGGACACUGUACCCAAAUUUUUUCUUUUGUAAUUCAGAAAGAGCAUGCAAUUUUAAGCAACUUUCUCAUUUACUCCUAUUAUCAAUUUUUCUUCAUUCUCUUGCUAUCAUUAUUUGAAAAAGAAGGCAUCUAAGCUUUUUUUUGGUUUCAGUACUCUGGACAGCACUUUUUUUUAUUGGUGGAUGACUUUAUCCACCAAUCAGCAAGGACAACCCAGGUUGUUCACCAAAAAUGGGCCGGCAUCUAAACUUACAUUCUUGCAUUUCAAAUAAAGAUACCAAGAGAAUGAAGAAAAUUUGAUAAUAGGAGUAAAUUAGAAAGUUGCUUAAAAUUUCAUGCUCAAUCUGAAUCACGAAAGAAAAAUUUUGGGUACAGUGUCCCUUUAAUUAUUUUUUUAAAUAUAUAUAUAUAUAUAUAUAUAUAUAUAUAUAUAUAUAUAUAUAUAUAUUAAUAUAAUAUUUCUGUAGUCGGUAGACUAUCCAAGUAUAAACAAACAUCUUCAAAAAGCAGUUCCACUCUUGUGUUUGUGAGGGAGUGGUUGAUUGACAGGUCCUGCUCUCGUACGAUUAGUUGCACAAGAGCAGGGGGCAGGAUUGUACAAUAUUUAAUUUGGCCAAGCGAUGCUGCAUUGCAAGUGGCGAUUGCAGAAGGUCAAGUUCUCUGAUGCAAACUUGUCAGCCUACAGCUUGAUACAUUUUCCUAAAAGCUAAUUUUUAUUUAUUUUUUUAGGCUGCUUUCAAAAUAUAUCCUGAAUUACUUUUUCGGGUGUAUACGUCAUUGUGUCCUGUAUUCAUAUGGUUAAACAAAUAAAAAGUAUAUUCUAUGGGGGAAAAAA